AUGGCAGAUCCCUUGCUGGUCGACAAAAGGGCAACCUUUGCGACUUUUGCGCACAUUCUCGAUGCUCGGAUUCUGCGCUCGCUCGCCGACAUGGGCUUUGCAAGACCCACCCUCGUCCAAGCGAAAGCCAUCCCACUUGCUCUCGAAAGCCGCGACAUCCUUGCCCGAGCUCGGACAGGAAGCGGCAAAACUGCCGCAUACUGUAUUCCCGUUCUGCAAAAAAUUCUCAGCGCGAAAAGUGCACCGGAUGCGAAGAACACGACGAGGGCGCUAAUCUUGGUACCGACGCGAGAGUUGGCAGAGCAGGUGGCGACUUGUUUCAAACAUCUACUUGCGUACUGCGAGGAUGAGAUAACCGUCUCGAAUGUGACUUCAGGAACGACCACUCAUUUACAAAGAACUCUACUAUCUGACAAGCCCGAUAUUGUCAUAGCUACACCUUCGAGAGCCCUAGUUCUUAUGCAAUCCAAGGCUCUCUCCGUAUCAUUCCUUGAAUCACUGGUCAUCGAUGAAGCCGACCUCAUUCUCUCCUACGGCCAUAACGAAGAUGUCAAGCAAAUCUUCAGCGGCGCGUUUCUCCCGAAAGUCUACCAGUCAUUCCUCAUGAGCGCUACGAUGACCGAGGACGUGGAACUACUUAAGGGGCUCACACUGCGCAAUCCGGCCAUACUGAAACUAGAGGAGGACGAAGACGAGGCCGCAAAUUUGACGCAAUACUCCGUUAGCUGCACCGAAAUCGACAAAUUUCUCCUCACCUACGUUAUACUCAAGUUGAAGCUCAUCAAAGGCAAAUGCAUCAUCUUCGUCAACGAUGUCGACCGGUCAUAUCGCCUUAAGUUGUUCCUGGAACAGUUUUCAAUCAAGAGCUGUGUCCUGAACUCGGAGCUCCCCUUAAACUCGCGGUACCAUGCUGUCCAAGAGUUCAAUAAGGGUGUCUAUGAGUACAUCAUAGCGACGGAUGAAAGUGGUGGAGGGGAAAUGGAUGACGAUGAGGAAGCUGAAGUGGAUUCAGAGUCGGAUGAAGGGUCUCAGGACGGUUCAGAGGAAGAGCUUGUUUCAUCCCAGCGCGACCCUGAGAAGCCUGCAUCUCAAUCAUCAAAAAAACGGAAACGUGCUACAUCGCCUACUCCAGCGGCAGCUCCGGCUAGCAAGAAGCGCAAAGGAAAAUCAAAAUCAAAGCGCGAUGCGGAAUACGGUGUCACUCGGGGGGUCGACUUCAUCGAUGUUGCUUGCGUGCUCAACUUUGAUCUUCCUCGGUCAGCUCGAGCAUACACUCAUCGUGUUGGUCGCACGGCUCGUGCUGGUCGCACAGGAAUGGCAUUGUCGUUUAUAUCAACUGGGACGGGGGACGAUAAGCACAAAAUGAAGGGAGAGCCUGUGGUCAAGCCCGAAGCCGAGCAACGAGUCUUUUCGAGGAUCGAGAAGGAACAAGGAGCAAGAGGAAGUAAAGUGCAAGAAUACCGCUUCGACAUGAAACAGGUGGAAGCAUUCAGAUAUCGAAUGGAGGACGCUUUACGAAGCGUGACUAGAGCGGCAGUACGGGAAGCCCGAGUAGCCCAACUCAAAGCGGAGAUAUUGGCGUCCGACAAGCUCAAAGCGCAUUUUGAAGACAAUCCUCUGGACCUGGAAUUCUUAAAACACGACAAACCGCUGCAUCCGACUCGAGUUCAGCCACACAUGAAGCAUGUUCCCAAGUAUCUCUUACCCCGAAUCGCAUCAGUCAAUGGUGGCGACGAGACAGAACGUUCAGAGAAAGUGGGUGGGAAGAAUGGAUUUGUGCCAUUUAGAAAGGAUGGGAUGAGUCGUGGACGUGGUAGAGGCAGGGGUAGGGGCGGGGCAGCGGCAGGAAGAGGGCGAGGUGGAAAGAAAAAGUCAGACCCAUUGAAGAAAUUCAGAUAG